AAAUCUGAUGAAUAACAAUCGACAACCUCUGAUACCAUAAGACACCGAAGAAAAUGGCGAUGAUUUCUUCUCCUCUACCCUCGACUUCCACUUCACCUUACCCCCACAAGUUCUGUACUUUGAGAAGAAAUUCCAUGGUGACGGUUGGUUUGCUCUCUUUCUAUCAUAAAAUUCACACGCCAACCUCGCUCAUCCCCGCCGCUCUCUCUCUUUCCAUCAGACCAAAAAGGUCUAAGAACUCACUUCAAGUGAGAUCAGUUGCUGCUCCAACUGAAAAUGUUGCUGGGUUUGAUGAGAUGGUCUCCGAGACGCAGCGGAAGUAUUACAUGCUAGGUGGAAAGGGUGGUGUUGGAAAAACCAGUUGUGCUGCUUCACUUGCAGUAAAAUUUGCGAACAAUGGACACCCUACUCUUGUUGUUUCAACUGAUCCAGCUCAUUCCUUGAGUGACUCUUUUGCUCAGGAUUUGACAGGUGGGACACUUGUACCAGUUGAAGGACCUGAUUCUCCAUUAUUCGCUCUUGAGAUAAACCCCGAGAAGGCUAGAGAAGAAUUUCGCAGUGCAACAAAGUCAAGUGGCGGAACUGGGAUAAAAGAUUUCAUGGAUGGAAUGGGUCUUGGUGUGCUGGUAGAACAGUUGGGAGAACUGAAACUGGGAGAAUUGCUGGAUACACCACCUCCUGGCUUAGAUGAGGCUAUUGCCAUUUCUAAAGUGAUGCAAUUUCUUGAAUCCCCCGAAUAUGGCAUAUUUACUCGCAUUGUUUUUGAUACUGCACCCACUGGCCAUACCCUGCGACUUCUAUCAUUGCCGGAUUUUUUAGAUGCAUCCAUAGGUAAAAUUUUGAAGGUAUGGAAAGAUAAGCAACGAUAUAAAACUAAAGCUUAUUUACCAAGCCUUAGUUUUAUUGGAGGUCAUCUUAUUUACUGCUUGGAAUUUAAGUGCUCACGUUUCAUCUAUUUCUCAAAGGUGAUGGCAGUCAGUGAGUCAUCUAGGUUGCAUGCCUCGUUGAAGAAGGAAAAUGUUCCUGUCAAGAGGCUUAUUGUUAAUCAGAUUCUUCCACCAUCUGCCUCGGACUGCAAGUUUUGUGCAGUCAAGAGGAAGGACCAGAUGCGCGCACUUGAUAUGAUUCAGAGUGAUUCAGAACUUUCCAGUUUGACGCUAAUCCAGGCACCCUUGGUCGAUAUGGAGAUUAGAGGUGUUCCAGCUCUUAGAUUUAUGGGCGAUAUUGUGUGGAAGUGAAAUGAAAAGAUGACAGAUCAUAUGUGCCUCUUCCGACUUGGUAGGUUCGAGUUAUGACCGACCCGGCUUUGUUUGAGCAUCAUGAAGCUAAGUGUUGUGAAAGAAGAAUAACUUUGGGUCCUAGAUGCCAGAAAGAAACCCAUCUGAUCUAUCAGUGAAGAGCAUGGAGAUUUGGUUGAAGCCCUUGUGAAUAUUCAGUUUUGAAGGUUGAAGCUGUCCUGUCUAAUGAGUUUCACUUGUUUUUCAUCUGUUGUAGGCUUCUUCUGCUUCUUUAUAUAUCUAUAUAACGGGGGUAUAUUCAUGAUCAUGGAAAUCAGCAGAAAGUUCUGGGAAUGAAAAUGGUAUUCCAGUUAUAUAUA